AGAACGAGCAGAAAGAGAUAUCCACAACAUGUCUGACAAGCCCUUUUCCGCGCCGGUGACGCUGAUCAAAUACAUGCAGACGCAAGGAAGUUUUGUGCUUGCAAGACCGUUCCGCUCGCCUGUGAAGCUCACGCCCGAAAACCGAUCUCGCAAGAUCGCAAACACCCUCGACCCGCCUACUGAUUGCUCAGACAGCACGCAGUCCUCUCCUUCGCGGCAUUUUUUAUUCCAGACGUCGCCGAACUUGGAAUCUCCUACGCCGUCGCUUGUUAAAACUAGCAGGUUUAGAGAGAAGUUUCUUAGUCCUACUAAUGGUUCCGUUUUGUGCUUAUAAUCAGCUUUACAGCGACGCGUAUAAACGCACAUUCACACGCUUUGACUGACUCCUAACGACGUCAUGUCUCUGUUUUACUGUCUAGAACGCAAAACUGUCGACCCGAUCCUAAUCAAACAAGAAUCCUCCCUAGAUCUGACCCUCCGCCACGUCCGCACCCGUCUGCAACAAAUCUCCCAAGCCGAAAAACACGAACGCGCGACAGUAACCCUCCCAUCCGGCGCUACAAUUUCAGAAGAAAAAUCGCUCGUCCAGCUAACUGACAAGUGGCGCACUGCAUCCCAAGCCGCUGCGAAAUAUCUCUUUGAACUCGCGCAGGAACGGGUUGCGAAGAUGGGCGGCGUGGCGGAGUUUAAACGGCGGACGCGGAAGCGUGGGUUCGACGACGACGAUGACGACGAUUAUUACGGCGAAGGCGGGAAAGAAGCGCAACUCCGGAAACGGCUGGGGUUGGAGGGUAAUGAAGCUGAGUUCCGCAGGCUGAGAGAUGAAUAUGAUUACGACGUUUCGAUGCACCAGAUUAAAAAAGACGAAGAUGAGGACGUUGCUACCGGCGGAGGAGAGGAGGAGUUUACGAUGGAAAUGAUGCUCGAAUCGUUGAACGUCGAGUAUAGCGUUGUGUUUCCUCGAGAGUGAGGUUUUUACUGUUUUAUGUUUGCUCUUUUUGUUUUAGCUAUUCUAGCACCGCUGUUGCUGUCUUCUAUUUUGCCCUCAAACAAACGACACGAACUUUUAUAUCAUUAUAAUAUACACGUACACAACAAA